GGUUUCGGUGGGCGGCCCUCCUGGACUUGCCCAGACACAACAGUCAAAGCGUGUCACAAAGUGCUGAUGAUGACAUACGCCGCUUAGUUAUGCUCCUGCUGGCUCACCUGCAUUGCACGUCUGAGCAUAGCCUCGAGCGUUCGCCACCUGUCACCGAGCUCUAAAAGCCCGUGCCGUUCCCAAGCUGUUGCCUUUCCAAUGUUGCGGCAUCCUCAAGCAUUCGUGUGGUGUCAACUUACGCUCGUUUUACUGAACUCGAACCACGCGCUGUGAAAAUGAAGACCUCUUUGCUUUUUGCCAUUGCGGCUCUACCUGUUCAGACGGUAGUAUAUGCCCUAGCAAGGCCAAACACAAACGAUGGGCCGAGAGUGCUCGGUUUAGAAACCCAGCGCCGGGCGCCACGGAACCCGACGCACAGGGAUAAGCUGAGAAAACGAGGCACUUUGGAGGUCGGCUUGGACAACGAGGAAACCCUAUACUUCAUUAAUGGCACUGUCGGCACGCCCCCAAGGGAAGUGAGGCUGCACAUCGACACGGGCAGCAGUGAUCUAUGGGUCAACACGCCCAGCUCCAGUUUCUGCAGCUCAAGAGGAAGCCCCUGCGCAUACUCCGGCACGUAUGAGGCGAACUCAUCGUCGACGUACGAGUACAUCGCAAGCAACUUCAACAUCUCGUAUGUCGACGGCAGCGGUGCGACGGGGGACUACGUCUCGGACACGGUCAGCUUCGGUAGCCAGACAAUCGACCGCCUCCAAUUCGGCAUCGGCUACUCGAGCACCAACGGCCAGGGCAUCCUCGGCAUCGGCUACCCGCUCAAUGAAGUCCAGGUCGGCCGCGCCGGCCUACCGCCUUACAACAACCUGCCCGCCCAACUAGUCGCCGACGGCGUGAUCCAAUCCAACGCCUACUCCCUCUGGCUGAACGAUCUCGACGCCAACACGGGCAACAUCCUCUUCGGCGGCGUCGACGCCGAGAAAUACGUCCCCCCACUCCAAUCCCUCCCCAUCGAAUCCACCUCCGGCGUGCACGGCGAGUUCAUGAUCACGCUCACCAACCUCCAACUCAACGACCAAACCCUCACCGGCGGCAGCAGCACCGACCCGCUCGCCAUCGCCGUGCUCCUCGACACGGGCUCCUCCCUCACCUACCUGCCCGACCACCUCGUCUCAGAGCUCUACACCGCCGUCGGCGCCAUCUACAACGCGUCCACCAACGCCGCGUACGUGCCCUGCGCGCUCGCCCGCUCCGACCCGUCCGCCCGCCUCCGCUUCACCUUCACGUCCCCCACCAUCGCCGUCGCCCUCGACGAGCUCGUCCUCGACCUGGUCACGGCCUCGGGCGCCCGCCCGGUGCUGGAUGAUGGCCAGACCGCCUGCCUGUUUGGCGUCGCCCCUGCCGGGGAGGGGACGUACGUGCUGGGGGAUACGUUCCUCAGGUCGGCGUAUGUGGUGUAUGAUCUGGAGAAUCAUGAGAUUGCGAUGGCGUCGACAAGGUUUAAUACCACGGCGACGAGGGUGCUGGAGAUUGGGACGGGGAGUGAGGCCGUGCCGGGGGUGACGAGGGUGAGCGAUCCGGUCAGGGCGACGGAGGGGUUGAGGGGGCUGAAUGCUUCGGAUUCGGCUGGGGUGAGGGGUGUGGAGGGCGCGUGGAGGGCGGUGCUGGCUGGGGUGGUGGGGGUGGCGGUUGUGAUGGGGGUGUUGUAG